AUGGAAGCACUGAAGAAAAACCACACCUUAAGCUCUGAAUUUAUUAUCUUAGGCUUUAGGGACCUGGCUGGACUACAAAUCUUCUUUUUUGGACUCUUUCUAAUUAUGCAUCUCAUCACCUUAGCAGGCCACACAACUAUUGUGCUAAUCACUCUCAUUGACACCUGCCUCCAGACACCCAUGUAUUUCUUCCUUCGAAACCUAUCUGCCAUUGAAAUUUGCUACAUAUUAGUUAUUGUCCCUAACAUGCUGGCCAAUUUCCUGUCUAAAAAUCAGCGAAUGCCCUUCCUGGGAUGCGCUCUACAAAUGCACCUCUUCAUUGCUUUGGGUGGAGCAGAGUGUUUCCUCCUUGUUGCGAUGGCUUAUGACCGUUUUGUGGCCAUCUGCAACCCCCUGCGUUACACACUCAUCAUCACCAGGGUCUUCUGUCUGCAGAUGUUGGCUCUGGCAUGCAUCAGUGGUUUCACACUUUCACUCACCCUCACCACUCUGAUAUUUCUCCUGCCCUUUUGUCAGUCCCAUGUCAUCAACCAUUUCUUCUGUGAUAUUCCUGCUGUUCUGUUUUUAGCCUGCUCUGACACACGGGCCAAUGAGAUUGCAGUCUUCCUUGUGUGCAUGCUGAUUCUGUUGAUUCCCUUCUUGUUGAUCCUGUUUUCCUAUGGAUUCAUUAUUGCCGCCAUUCUUAGAAUUCAUUCAGCAGAAGGCAGAAGCAAAGCUUUCUCUACCUGUGCUGGCCACCUGCUGGUCUCCGUUAUGCACUACGGCUGUGCAAUAUUCAUCUACAUUCGUCCCAAGUCCUGCUACACCCCGGAACAGGACAAAAUUGUGUCCUUGAUCUAUACCAAUGUAACCCCAAUGCUCUACCCUAUGAUCUAUAGCUUGAGGAACAAGGAAGUCAAAGGUGCCCUCAGGAGGCUCCUGGUGAGCCAUAGCCGAUAA